UGUGUGAGCUGCUCACACAGCGUCUCCUGAACAGAACACACGUCGUCAAUGGUAAUCAACAUCUCACGAUAUUAUAAACAAAAAGUAUUUUUGUUGAAAUAUAUUCUCUGAGGCACAGUGAGGAGCUAUUUUGGUUGCAUCCUCGGGUCAUGGCGAGCGCAGCUCCAUCUGAGAACGUGGACCGUGAGUUGAUCUGCUCCAUCUGCCUGGACACGUUUGACUGCCCCUCCACGCUGAGCUGCGGCCACUCGUUCUGCCUCCAGUGCCUGGAGGACGCCUGGAAGGAGACAGACUCCUACUGCUGCCCGCAGUGCCGCAAGACCUUCCCUCGACGACCCCAGCUGACCAGGAACGUGACGAUCGCCAACCUCAUAGAGCAGCUGCGAGUGACUGAGGCCAUGGCUGCUGCUGUUGCUGCUGGUGUUGUUUUCUGUGAUCAUUGCUCAGAAGGAAAGACGCCUGCAGUGAAGACUUGCCUCAAGUGUGACACGUCUUUCUGCACAGAGCACCUCACGCCUCACCUGGAGAAGAUGAAGUUUAAUGAUCACGUCCUGGUUUCACCAGAUGUGAAACCUGAAGAACGCAAGUGCAAGAGGCACAAAGAGGAGCUCAAGUUCUACUGCAAGCAAGACGUGAGCCUCGUGUGCACAGUCUGUGCCAUCACUGGAGAACACAGAGGACAUGAUGUCGACACGCUGGAGGACCAGCAUCAGACACGGAAGACUGGAGUCAGUGAGGAGAUGCGAGCGGUGGAGGAGGGGAGGCUGGAGGCGGAGGCGUCCGUGGAACGGAUGGAGGUCGCUCGCAAGGACGUGCAGGAAUGCAUGGUCCAGGCCAAGGCUCGCAUCUCAGGCGAGUUCACCCGGAUGAGGGCGACGCUGGAUGAGGACGAGAGGGCAACUCUGGAUCGCGUGGACGUGAAGGGGCGUGAGUUGCUAUCUCAGAUCGAGGAGAACAUCGCUCAUUACGAACGCGAGAUCAGCAACCUCCAGGCAGCAGCCACGCGCCUGCACGCUCUGCAGGAGGAGAGGGACUCGCUCACGUUCCUGCAGGUUCACCUGAAGGAGACAGAUUGGAGAGACGCUCAGAAGGAAGCUCCACACUCAUCUCCCAGCAAAGAAGAUAUAGCCACGAUCAGCGCACAGCAGGGAGCUCUGAUCAAACUGAUGUUGUUCAUGUACGGAUGCUCACCGACUCUGGACCCAAACUCGGCCUACAACAAACUCCAGAUUUCCUCGGAUCUCAGGACGGUGACGCUGACCGCUGUCUCCCAGGGUCGCCCCGAUCACCCACACCGGUUUGAUGCCUGGUCACAAACCCUGUGCUCCGAGAGCUUCUCGUCGGGUCAGCACUACUGGGAGGUGGACGUGGGGGAUGCGGCGGGGAGCUGUAAGGUUGGAGUCGCGUACAGGGCGAUUGCACGGAAAGGGUGUGGUGAAGAGUGCAGUCUGGGAGAGAACGACUCAUCCUGGGUUUUACAUAAAAAUAACAACAGCUGCUACGUGAUUCAUGAUGGUGUCUGGACAUCAGUGCCGGUGAGGGAUCCUCCCCGGAAAGUCGGGUGUCACCUGCACUGGGAGGCGGGGCUGCUGUCGUUUUACCGUGCCGACUCAAUGGAGCUGUUGCACUCCAUUCACCACCCGUUUAGUCAACCGCUCUACCCCGCACUGUAUGUAUAUGGUGCUGGUGGCUCAGUGACGAUUCUGGAUCUGAGUCGUGCGUACUGAGAGCACGGAGUGUAAGCGGCGAAGAGAAACGGGCCUCAUGCACACAAAGACACAUAUCCCCCGUAUAGCCUUAACAGACUAAUGGGGCUAGUGCAGUCAGUGAGCGCCUGUGAAGUCCGGCACAGCACUCGAGAUGGUGGCUAGUCAACACAACGUCCGGCCGCCUUUGCCUCCCCAAUGGUGACAUUUACACACCGUACCAAUAACUCAUUUGAGGCUGAGUCGACCUAGGGGAGGCCCAUGACCGGUUCACCAACACCAGUGACGAUUAUUCGAUUCGGUCCUGGAUCUCUCCUAGAUCGACUGAGCCUCAAAUGAGUACCUGCUGUGGUGUGUAAACAUCGCCACUGGGGAGACGAAGGCGGGUCAGUCGUGGAAUUGGCUACCCACCUCCUUGUGUGCCAUGCCGACCUUCCUAGGUGGUCGAUAACAGCACUUGCUCCAACAUUCUGUAAAGGCUAUACAGGGGAUCUUUGUCUUUGGGUGAGUGGGUUGGUGUGUGUAUGCCUUUAUGUGUGUAUUUCUUAUUGUGUCUGAGUCUUCGUGUCUGUGUGUAUCUUUGUUAUUGUGUCUGAGUCUUUGUGUCUGUGUGUAACGUUGUUAUUGUGUCUGAGUCUUCGUGUAUGUGUGUAUCUUUGUUAUUGUGUCCGUGUCUUCGUGUCUGUGUGUAUCUUUGCUAUUGUGUCUGAGUCUUCGUGUCUGUGUGUAUCUUUGUUAUUGUGUCCGUGUCUUCGUGUCAGUGUGUAACGUUGUUAUUGUGUGUGAGUCUUCGUGUCUGUGUGUAUCUUUAUUAUUGUGUCUGAGCCUUCGUGUCUGUGUGUAUCUUUGUUAUUGUGUCCGUUUCCUCGUGUCUGUGUUUGUGUCUGGGUAUGGUCCAGGCUAACCCCCCCCCCCCCAUCACCUCGUGGGCCACAGUGCCAGCCUUCAUAGUUGCUACUCGCUACUUACAGCACUUACCCCAACAGACUUUUAAGGCUUUUCGGCGUAUCUUUGUCUUUAGUGUAUAGAGAGCCAUGUGUGUAGUGUGGGGUGGAGCAGUGGUGCAGUAGUUAGUGCACUGGUGGGGGAGGGAGGGGGGAGCCAAUCUUCUCUCUGACGCCAUCGUCCCUCGCACCGCGCGCCGCGUGGCGCUCAACGACGAGAGGGCGGAGCUCCACCGCGGGCGUGCUGGGAACACGCGUCACGUGACGCUACGGGGAGACGCGCGAUCACUCGCUCGUUGGGCGAUAAACCCGGGGUGGGAAUGGGAUGGCAUCACUAGGGGGGAACGACUUGUGGUGUGUGCCGAGCAUCGCUGUGCUAAAACAUGUUUGUUAAAACCAGCGGUCGAGUGACUCCUCCACCCACCAAAAGUAGUUUUAUUUUACAGGGCAUAGAUAGAGAGCAGCCAUUUUAACACCUUGUAGGAGUAGCAGGUCUUUCGCCACCAAUAGUGUUAAUAAUAAAGAUUGGUUUUAAUUAAUAUUUUAUAUCUGCUCUCAGACUUAGACUUGGACCAGCAGCCACAACCUUCGAAUCGUGGGAUAACGCCUCCCUCUGCUGACAAAAAUUGGACUGUCUUUUGACUUUGAAGUCUGUUAUUUAAUUAAGCACCCGAGAUAUAUAUCUAGAGUGAAGAUUUACCUUACACUACAACACGACUAAUAUUGUCUCAACACGCAUUAAUAACACACAGAAAUUUCCCCGUUGUUUGCUCCUUCACAGUCAUCGAUGUUAAUGUGGCACCGGGUGUUAGGUAAGAGUGAAAGAAAAGAUUAACACAUAGUCCGCUUUCGCGACAAAUAUUAUACAUAAGAAGGGUUUUUAUGGGUUAUAUCGCAUAAACAUAAAUGUGUUGUUAAACUUUAAACGUUAAACUUAAACACAGUUGAUCAGUAAGGUUUGUCACGUUUAAAAAACGUGGCAAUUAAUUACUAGUUCAGCACACCGGUUGUGUGUUGGAGAGUAAACGCACAACAUUUACAACUUGAGUACUGAGACGUUUCGCUGGUGAUUACCGCCUGGCUCCAUCAGGCGAUUUGCGAGAAUUGUGAAGAAGUCUUCCUGUUUCUGUGGUUUCUCCUCACGCAUCUGAGUCGUCUCCUCCUCCUCUCUCUCUUUGUGGAGAGUGAAUCGUGUGUGGUGGUGGAGCGUUACAAGUCGAGUUAUUAUUAUUACUACUAAACCAUUAAACAAAACUACUCCUAAACUAUUUUUAUUUUACCAAGUGUCAAGACCCACUGAGCUGUGUAGCUCUAUUUCAGAAGCGACCUGGUCAUUGCAAAUUAUAUUUUCAACAAAGUGAAAUAUCAUGAUCAUCGUGUGGAAAUUUAUAGUUGCAUCCAACAACUCUAAAUGCAUAGAUAUACAUAGUGACUCCUAGACACCUAUAAAGAUACAUAGAUACCCAUAUAGAUAGAUGGAGACCCACAGAUUAAAAUAAAAUUAAACUAUUUUAUUUUACCAGCUCAGUGUCCACUGAGAUGUGUAGUUCUUUUUCAGAAGCGACCUUGCUAUCGCAAAUGAUAACUAAACUAAGUGGUUUAUCAUCAUGCGGAAAGUUAUAUGAGCCAAAUACUCGAAACGCGUGAUGUUGAUUCUAUGUGCGGAAGAAAAACCGAAGGACCCGGAAAAAAGACCCACGUGAACACCACAGCAAGAGAGACGCCACAAACUUCAAAUAUACACCAGGUGCCAGGGUCAGGAUCGAACCCACAACCUCCUGCAUACCAGGCGAGGGAGUUAACAUCUCCUAGCCACCACGGCGCUCCUCAUUGACGUAAGGCACCUAUCCGAUGUGAACCCAACCUCGAUUCUCAGGCUGUUUAGCAACUCGUUGAUGAUUUGAGAUGCAUUGAUGACAUCGUACCAGUUGUGUAAUUGUGUGAUCGCUAAUCGUAUUGUGGUCUCGGCUACGUGAAAUUUCUAUUUGUUUCAUUGGUGGGAUGUGUUUGACUUCUUCAUUUUUCAUUUUUAUGGCCCAGGUCACUUUUGUCAUGAGACUCAUUCUGGUCUCGUGAGUUCUCACCUCGUUAAACUCAAAUUCAACUCGACUCGAUCAUCAGCAGCAGCAUCAGCAAAAGUAUCUUCAGCAGCAGAAUUAGUAACAACAGCAGCAGUAGCUCCAUCAUUAUUAUCACAAUCAGCAUCAGGAGUAGGACCAGCAUCUUCAAUAAUAAUAAUAUAAUUAUUAUCACCAGGAACAAAAUCAUCAUCAGUAGCAGCAGAAGCAGCAUCAUCAUCACUCUUGCAACCGAGACUCAUCCUGGUCUCUUGCGUUUUUACCUGGUUAAAUAAUCGGACUUGAUUGUAUAUAAAUAUACUUAAUUUUGUUCUGGGUUUUCCUGAGAAUUAGAAUCACAAUGUAUUCUG